AUGACUGGCUACGAGCACUCGGACCCCUUCGACCAAGGCAUGCUGCCAGUCGGUUCGAUCCAUCACCUUCACUACGAACAAUAUGGACAGCCGGAUGGAAAGCCAGUCCUCUAUCUUCAUGGUGGCCCUGGAGGCCACACCAGCAAAGCCAACACUGUCUAUUUCAACCCCCAAGUCUAUCGUGUAAUUCUCUUUGAUCAACGCGGCACUGGGAAAUCUCGACCUCUGCUUGAACUUCGGGAGAAUAGUACGCCAUACUUGGUGGCCGAUCUCGAGACACUUCGAGCUCAUUUAAAGAUCCCCAAAUGGCACAUGGUCUUUGGAGGUUCCUGGGGGUCCACUCUUGCCCUGCUCUACGCCCAGGCCUAUCCACACCUGGUAGGCUCACUGGUCACUUUUGGCAUCUUCACUGCUCAAAGGCGAGAAACCGAAUGGUUCCAUAGCCCUCAGGGUGUGGCCAACCUCUUCCCGGAAGCUUACGAUGCCUUUGUCACUUUCUUACCGGAAGAAGAGCGCGGGGAUCUCAAGACAAAUUACUAUAAACGACUCUUGUCGGAUGAUCCCACGACACGCAGUGAAACCGCGCGGGCAUGGAACAGAUGGGAUCUCAGUAUCGGCUGGUCUCUUACGGAAACUCCCGACUUUGACAUGCUGGACAACGAAGCGUGGUCCGUGCCGCAUGCGCUUCUCGAGGCUCACUACAUGUUGAACAACUUCUGGCUGGAAGAUGGCCAGAUUUUGAAAGAGGAGAAUCUGGCCAAAAUUCGUCAUAUCCCAGGGACCAUUCUCCAGGGUAGGCAUGAUAUGGUCACUCCUCCUAAAGCAGCAUGGGGCCUUCAACGAGAGUUGCCUCAAUUACAACUGAUCUGGCUUUCUUCAGGCCACAUGCCAACGGCUCCCGAGACUUGCGUCAAGUUGAUCGAAGUCUGCGAUCAAUAUGCAAGCCAAGACUUUGGCGCAUAG